UUUGAGUCUUGACAUCUUGUCAUUUUAUCAUUGUGACUUUUUGUCCAUUACCAUUUUGUCCGUUACCUUUUUGUCCAUUUCAAUUUUGUACUCAAAUAACUCUUUCUCUCUUACCAGCUUUUUUAAAAUGCUAAAAUACUUGGAGGAGUGCUUCUGCUUAAAAUACAUACUUUUUUGUGCACAUUUGUCGUCAUCAUUCAUUUUUUUUCUACUUACGGCCACCCGCCGCCAUGUCUUUUUUGCUGUCUUUGCUCUUUGUGCUCUUUCUCUCUCUAUUUCCAUGAGCUUUAUUUUCUCUCUUCUUUUUUUGUGCUUCUUUAAAAAAUUUUUUUCCAUUUAG